GGGAAGGGGAAAUAGUAUAAUUAAAACUUCAAAAAUUAAAAGUUUUUUAAAGUACCAUUAUUCUGACCUUUACUAUAAUAAAUUAAAUAUUUUUUAAAAAAACACCUGCAUAUGGUGAUGGGCUGCAGAGUAGGGUCUCCACUUUGGAUGAGUUCUUACUGGGUAAGCCACUUAGCAUGAAUUUCUACCAUGCAAAUAAAGGCAGCUCUGUAGUACUGGCUGAUUCACGACACCAUUCUGCUGGUCCAGUGUUCCACUGCCACUUGAGUAGAGCACAGCUUGGACUGGGGACCUGUUCCUCUGUGGUCAUUUAAUCAUGGCCUUCUCUCCUUACUGCACAGGAUCACUGGUAUGCAUAGUGAUGAUUACUUACACUUGUGAGGUCAGAUGAGGAAAACAACAAGUAGGCGUGGGAGGGAGCUCUCCUGGCCAGUUUUUCAUACCAGUUCUCACAAGGGGAAGCAUCCUUUGGUGGAAUAUUUGUCCACCCCUGCCACAUUUGGUCAACUGCAAGCUGACCUCUACUUCCUGGCAUCCCUCCUGUUCCUCCCCCUUUCUCUUUCUUUUUUUUUUUUCUUUUGGUUUUUCGAGAGAGGGUUUCUCUUUGUAGCUUUGGAGCCUGUCCUGGAACUCACUUGGUAGCCCAGGCUGGCCUCGAACUCACAGAGAUCCGCCUGCCUCUGCCUCCCGAGUGCUGGGAUUAAAGGCGUGCGCCACCACCGCCUGGCCCUCCCCCUUUUUCUUUUCUUCAUCUUCUUGUUUGAAGACUGAACCCAGGAUCGUGUGCAUGGUAGGCAUGUACUCUACCAAUCAAGGACUACCCCCCACCCAUUUUUUGUUUUGUGUUUUUUUGAAACAGAUGCUCUCUACAUAGCCCCGGCUGUUCUGGAACUCACUAUGUAGAUCAGGCUGGCCUGAAAUUCAGAGGCCUGCUUCUGCCUCCUGAGUGCUGGGAUUAAAAGUGUGCACCACGAUGCCUAUGACCUACCCCAUUUUUCCAAGUCAACAACUUUUUGAAAAAUCAGUUACAUGCUUCAUAGAAAAAGGGGUAAGGGUUGGUUUUUGUUGUUGUUGUUUUUUGGUUUUGUUUGUUGAUUCAGUUUUUCACACAUCAGUAAUUACAUGCAGUUAUGGGGAUGCCCACAUCAGGUGCAGCAGCUGCACUUGUGGGAAGCUCUUUUCAGAGGGAGCCCUCAGUGAACUCCCAUAGCUCAUGCAACAGCAGGAUUAGCACCUCAUCUUGCAGGAGGUGCAUCUAUACCAUCUACACCUUUGGUACUUGCUGGAGCAGGAUUCAUUGGUGGCACAGGAACAACUAAGGUCCAGCUGAAGUCAGAAGGCAGACACAUGUAGACAUGCUAAGAAGAGACAUGGUCCCUCCCCCUUGUGUGUGUGUGUGUGUGUGUGUGUGUGUGUGUGUGUGUGUGUGUGUGUGUAUUUAUGUGUGUACAGGUGCAUAUGUGUGUAUAGAGGCCAGAGGAGAAUUUGUAUUGUUUUUUUGAGGCAGGAUAUUUCACUAGCCAGAAGCUCAUCGAGCUGGCGAGGCUGGCUGGCUAGCAAGUCCCAGGGAUCUACCUGUUCCCAGUAGUGGAAUUACAAGUGUGUGCCACCACGAUGGUUUUUUUACAGGUCCUCACAUUUGCACAGCAAACAUUUUAUCAAUUGAGCUAUCUCCCAGCUUUAAAAAAAAAAGAUUUAUUAUUAUUUUUAUGUGUGUCUUUGUCAAUAUAUGUAACAUAUGAAGCAGUACUCGCAGAAGCCAAAAGAGAGUGUCUUAACUAUUGAGCCAUUUCUCCAGCCCUUGUGUUUAUUGUUUUUUAAGACUGGGUCUCAUAUAGCUCUAUUUGCAAAUACCUUUUUUUUUUUUUUAAACUCUUGAUCCUUGUACCUUCUUCUCCUGAAUGCUGGGAUUACAGGUGUGUUUCCCAUGCCCAACUAGACCAUAGCUGUGAGUAUAAACUGUGAAUCACAACCCCAUACAGGGUCACUGCGGUGGUUUGAAUGGGAAUAGCCCCACAGACUCAUGUGUUCGAAUGCUUGGCCCACAGGGAGUGAGUGACACUAUUAGGAGGUGUGGCCUUGUUGGAGGAAGUGUGUCACUGUGGGAGCAGACUUUGAGGUCUCCUCUGCUCAAGCUACGACCAGUAUUGCACACAGUCUCCUGCUGCCUGCGGAUCAGGAUUUAGAAUUUUCAGAUCCUUCAGCACCACAUUUGCCUGUAUACUGCCACGUUACCCAUCAUGAUGACAAUGGACAAAAUCUCUGAAACUGUAAGCCAGCUCCAGUUAAAUGUCUUUCUUUAUAAGAGUUUCUGUGGUCAUGGUGUCUCUUUACAGCAAUAGAAACCCAAACUAAAACAGUUACAUAAUUGAAUGUGGGGAUAGCAAAAAAAGACACACAACAACCAAAAAUUAAUUCAAAAUCAAGCACAUAAAGAAUCCAGGACAUCUCUGGAAGCAUCACUCAUGUUGAACCACACUUCUCUGCAGCUUUUCAUUGUAACUCAGGACAGGUGCAGUUUGCACUGUGCAUGCUGUCAUACUAGCAUCACCAUCCAAGGCUGCCUACAACACCUACCUCAGCCGUGAGACUAAUGUAUGUUAUGAAGUGUAGUGUCUCUACUGUAUGCACCGUUUUUUGCUCUUAUAGAAACAUAAUGGUUUAAUUACUGAAAACAAAGACUUUUAAUAUUUUCCUCUUUCCUCAGCAUAGAAGUUCCAAAUCAGUAAGUCUGUUACAAUGUUUACCCUCCCCCUCCCACACACAUAGGGUGUUACUAUGUAUCCCUCGCUGGCCUUGAACUCUCUUUGUUGUUAAGGCUGGCCUCGGACUCAGAAAUCUGCCUGCUUCUGCCUUCCCAGUGUUGGGGUUAAACACCAUGCCUGGCUAGAAUGUUUACUUUUUGUUUUAACUUUUAAAACUGUUGCAUGGGCCUGUGGAAUGGCUCAGCGGCUGCUCACUGCCAAACCUGACAGCCAUGUGAUCCUCUGGACUCACAUGGUACAAGUACAAGUUGUCUUCUGACCAUAGCUGAGCCCCGGUGUACACAUUCCCCCUCCCAAACAAACAAAUAAAUGUAAUGUGAUUAAAAAAAACCUUUUGAGUUGCUUACUUCAGUUUCAUUUUUUAAAAUGUUAAAUUUUGUCUUAGCAUUAUAACAGAAUUUUCAAAAUGCUCCUAAAUAUAUUUCUGCCAUUUUGUACUACAUAUUUCUGCAUAUCGGUAUUCUCAGCAUUAAUGAUUAUAAAAUCAAAAUAUUGAUAAACUCUAAAAAUGUUGAAGAUUCUCUAUGUCCUGCAGUAUCAAAUAUUUAGCCAAGAAUUAUGUAAAAAUAAAAAUGUGAAUCCAUCUUAUUAUCAUGUCAAUUUGCUUUUGUCUAAUGAAUAGUAAAAUUAUAUGUAUAUCAAAGAAUUAUUUAAAAUAGCAGGGCAUGAUGGCUAUUCCCAUAAUCCCAGCACUUUGGAAGUGGAGGCAGGAGGAACAGGGCCAUCCUCAGCUACAUAGAGAAUUCAAGGCCAGCCUGGGCUACAAUGAGACCAUCUCAAAAAUAAAAUAUCAACAACAAAAGACUUAUUUUAAAAUCAAUUUAUGAUUACUAGUGUUUGAUUUGUAUACCUAUUUUAUAUAUCUAUAUACCUACAGUCACAUGAAAUUUUCUCACACAUAAAGGGGUCCCAAAUGGAAACAGUUUAAGAGGUCCUGGUAGAAAGCAAUUGUUAGUGCUUUCCAAUACAGGCAUCAUCUACCGCUGUAUGGGCGGGCACCUGUUCUGUCAUUUAUAGAAGGGGAGACCAGAGCUAAGGGAAGUGAAAGAGCUUGCCCCAGGUAAGAAACUCAAACUUAAGCCUGCCUAAUUCCAGGAAUGACUAUAUCAAGGCUAAACUGGCUAAUUCUAAGGACCUGGGAAAAAGGGUGACUCCAGCUCACCCUCUUGUGGUGGCCUAUGGUGCUUCACCCUUCACCAUCAGGCAGUUCAUUCUGGUUGCCAACCUUAAGCACUCCUGCAGCCAAAGAGGAGAAAAAGGGGAGAUACUGAUUUUUCAUGUGGAGGUCGAUUCUCACUUUCCACCAUGUGGGUCCUGGGGGCUGGAAUUAGCUUGUCAGGCUUACUGCUGAUCAAGCCUUUAACUACUGAACCAUCGUGCCCCCCUGAUUGUUACUCAUAAGUUUAAAACUAAAAUUUUAAAUUACAAAAUAAAAUCCUGCAACUCAUUUGAAAAAAUGUCAGACCUAAACACAGAAAUGAAUGAACACCUAUACUCUCAUUUCAUCUAUAGUCUACAAUUAUUAACAUUUUGCCACAUUAAUUUUUCUAAUUAUCUUUUUUUCUUUUUUUUAAUUUACACUCAUGAUAUUAAUUACACUCAUGAUAUUAAUUACAUUUGUGGUAUUCAUUGAUUACAUUUGCAGUAUUCAUUCAAUAAUUAUAUUUAUGAUAUUCAUUAAUUACAUUAAUUGUAUUGAUUUAUUAUAUUUAUUAUAUUCAUAUUAUGUCCUGAUACUUUUUUCAUUCUUUGACAAUUUGUACAUGUAUAUCUUGAUCUUAUCUAUCUCCAACUUUCCACCCUCACGUCCUUUUUUUUACUUUCAUUCAUUCAUUCAUUCAUUUUAAGACAGGGUCUCACAGUAGUCCUGGCUGGCCUGGAAUUCUCAAAUUAGAACAGGUUGGGUUCGAACUCACAGAGAUCUGCUUGCCUCUGCCUCUCGAGUGCAGGGAUUAAAGGCAUGCACUAUCACGUCUGACCUCUUUAAAAAUAUCUUAAUAGCUGGGCAGUGGUGGUGCAUGCUUUUAAUCCCAGCACUUGGGAGGCAGAGGCAGGCAGAUCUCUGUGAGUUCAAGGCCAGCCUGGUCUACAGAGCAAGUUCCAGGACAAGCCAGGGCUGUUAUAUAUAGAGAAAUCUUGUCUCAGAAAACACACACACACACACACACACACACACACACACACACACACACACACACAUAUUUUAACAACUCACUGAGUUCAAUUAGUAUUGCUUGUAUGCUCAGGCACGGGUAUGGACUAUCCACUGGAGUAUCAGUGACGACAUCCCUAUACCUUUCUAAUUAUCUAUCUAUACUUUUGAAAGUAUUUAAGAAUAGUUUUUUUUUCCAAGUGUGGUGGCGUGUGCCUGUAAGCCUAAGUAAAUGUGGCCUGACCUACAAGCCUAAAUCUAUUUAAAAAUGUACUAGGAUGUUUUAAAAUCCAUCUUUAGCAAAACACAAAACAAGUGCCCAGCCCUCAACACGAUUUUCUCUCCUUUCAGGCUAUCCUCUUCCCCCAUCCCGACUCCUAUAGCAGACGGGAGAAACUGGAGCGAUGGGGGUCUACCAGGUCCUUGGACAAGUAUAUCAACAGUCGCCAGGUAAGGUGGGAAUUCAGAGCCAACACCGGACUCUAAUUAGCCACUUCUCAGGCGAAGGAAAACCAGGAACGCCUGACUGCAUCCGACGCCAAGAUUCAUUCCAGCCGGUGCAGGGAAGUUACAAGAAAAGAGUCUUCGUGGAUCGCUCUCCCACGAGCUCUCACCCUCCCUCGAGAAGAUUCUCGCCUCGGGUACGGUUAGUUUCGCUGUUGUAAAUUUUACCUCACGUAAUGCCAAAGGGUCAGACACUGGGGCAGAUGGUCGGCGAGCGGCGAGCACUGCACAAGCGCAGAGGGCGCACCGGGUCCUAGUGCGCACGCGCAGCUCUCUAGGCAGGCUCUGUUUCCUCUCUGGAGGGGCAAUGCGCCGCCUAGCGUCCCUCCCCGCCCCGCCCCUUGCGUUGCCAUGGAGACCCAGCGGCCAAAGCCCGCCCGUGGCAGCGUCCCGGGCCUGGCGGCGUCUUGCGGGGUUUGCGUGGGCGAUGUUGAGCCACACAGAGCUUCCGGGGAAGAGCGUGGACUUGGCGAAGAUGUGGUCCGGGGGCCUGGGCCGCUGCAGGCACUUCUUUUGGCUGGGCGUCGCCUUCGACGCGGUGGGUGUGGCAGUGCUGUUCACUGGCGUGUUCGCGAACCUGCUGUUCUACGACAUGCUACUCUAUCUGGGUUCCAUCAUCAUCUUCGUCAGCCUCCUGUGGUGGAUCUUCUGGUACACUGGCAACAUCGAGGCGCUCCCGGAAGACCCUUCGAGGAGGACUUCGCCUCGCCCGGGCGAGGUCGGGAUGCAUCGCAGCGGCAGCCUUCGCUUCUCGAUGACCCUCAGGAGCGUCUCCAACACCUUCCGGCGGAUCCACCGGCGGCAGCGGCCGCGGCUCCUCCCAAGGGUCCUCCAGACGAUCCGUAGCCUCAGCUCGACCGACCCAGGCCAGCUGGAAGGGAACAGCGAUGCCGGGAGCAAAGGUGGUGGAACUUCGUUACGUCCGGCAAAGCCUGUGUCCGUUCUGAAGCAGCUACAGCUUUGCUCAGUCCAGGCCUCUAGGAGCCUGCCCCUGGUCCCUUUGCCUGCUCCGCUCUCGGUUUGUACUUCUAGGAGUCAGCCUGUGUUUUCGGUGACCUCACAGGGCUACUCUUCUGGCAGCUACUCCCAGAUGACUUUGUCCUCUGACAGCCGUGCACCUGUGGAUCUUGACCCACAGGGGCGCUCUAAGAUCAGUGUGACUUCUCGGAUCUACCCUCUGCAACGAGCAGACAGUCAGAGCCACCUCCUGGUGCCCGUACCCUCUGAUAGUUUCCCUAUGGUGCCCAUGAGCUCUCAGAGCCAAAUCCAGGACUCUGUGUCCUCUGACAGUCGUGUGCCUGUGGAUCUUGACCCUCAGGGGCGCUCUAAGAUCAGUGUGACUUCUCAGAUCUAUCCUCUGCAACGGGCAGACAGUCAGAGCCACCUCCUGGUGCCCUUUGAAAGUUUGCCUGUGGUGCCCAUGAUCUCUCAGAGCCAAAUCCAAGGCUCUCUAGCCCAAGAAAGCCAGCUCCAGAAUCUUCCACCUGCCUCUCAAACUCAACCUGAGACUGUUAAAGCUUCCAAGAGCCAUUCUUUGGCCCUGGAGGUUCCUGUAGUAACACCUGGGUUUGCUCAGACUUCUCAAAGUUGUUCUCCAGGUGUCCAGGAGGUUCCUAAGAACUCAGGUGCUAAAGCUUUGGAGACUCUCCCAGCAACCAGCCGUAAAAUAGCUCUGGACCAGCCUGACCCUUCAUUGCCUGUCUCCGAGGUCACACAUACAGACAGGCAGUGUGACCCCACUGACAACCUUCCAGCCUCCAGGGGAGUGAGGGAAAGUCACUCUUCCUAAUAGGAAUCAGACCCCCACAUGUCUGCUAAGGUCUUUGCCAAAACUUAACAGUGUUUCUACAUACUUCACUGCCAACUUGAUAAAAGCACAAGUUCUUACCUUGUUUGAGAAACUUCUCUCUGGAGUCCUGACCUAUUCCAGAUCAACAGACUGCCUAUACCGUAUUCUGUGAGACUGCCUGUAAUCAUUGCCUCAGUGCUGGAGACAGCGUUCCAGCCUCCAGUAAUAGUGCUAUUUAUUAACAGGACUAUAAGCCAUAAUAAACUUUGUUAUUCCAAUGAAACUUUAUUUAAAAUAAAUUGAGUUUUUAAAAAUAGACUGGUCUUGUGCAAGCAUUCCAGAAACCUGAAUGGAAAAUAAUAUCCCAUGUAACAUGUGUGUAAGUAAAAUCCACAUACAAAUAGACAUUUAAAAAUAAAGUAAAAACCACUGUAUAGCCAGGGGUGCUGGCACAGGCCUUUGAUCCCAGCACUUGGGAGGCAGAGGCAAGCACAUCUCUCUCUGUGAGUUUGAAUCCAGCCUGUUCUACAUAUUGAGUUCCAUGGCUUUACCUGCUGCCUUUACAUGAUGCUCCCUGGACAGCAGGCUGGCGUCUCUUCCUCUCUGCCUUCCUGUUCUCUCAAUUCUCCUCUCUGCUAGUCCUGCCUAUUACUUCCUGCCUGGCUACUGGCCAAUCAGUGUUUUAUUUAUCAAUCAAUCAUCCACAGCAGCCUCUGCCUCCAGUUCUGGGAUUAAAGGUGUAUGCCACCACAUCAGGCUGAAAGCUGCUUACUAACAGGACAGGGCCAAGAGGAAUCCCUUGUGGAGCUUCUGAGUGGGUUCAGAGCCUCAGGGAUUCGAUUCGCAGCCUUGCACAAGGGUUAGGGGGAACUAGGUUCUUAUUUAGGCCUUUGUCUCGAGUUUCUUCACACCCCUUUUUGGGAAUGAGGAUAGAACCUAGGCAGAAGUACUGUCAUGCUACAAGCCCAGCCCACAUCUUUUCUCUCUCCCACGUGAGGACGUCCUCUGUAAUUCAGCAACAAGGGACUAUCUUGGAAACCACCACUGGGCUGUCACCAGGCAUGAAGCUUACUAGUGCCUUGAUCUUGAUCCUCUUAGUCUCCAAACUUUGAUGAAUAAAUAUUGUUUUCAAAUUAUCCAAUCUCAUGUAUUUUGUUACAGUAGCAUAAAUGGAUUAAGCCAGGUUCCUUUUUUUUUUUUGUAACUAUCUUCUAAUUUCCGUUUGACUAUACCUAUAAUUAAGUAUCCCUGUCUACAUAGUGAGUUUGGGGCCAGCCUGGGAUACAUGAGACCUUGUACUAGUUACUUUUCUGUUGCUGUAAUAAGAUACCAUGAACAAGGAAACUUAUAGAAGAAAGAGUUUAUUUUGGCUUACAAGUUCAGAGGGUUAGAGUACAUGAUGAUGAGGCCACCGUGGAAGCAGGGAGUAGAGCAGGAACAUGAGAGAUCACAUCUUUAACCAUAAACAUGAAGCAGAGAUUAAACUGAAAGAGGGGCAAGGUUAUGAGUUCUCAAAGCCAUUCCCCAGUGACAUGCUUCCUCUAGUGAGGCUGAAGCUCCUGUAACCUCCCCCAAAAGUGCCAUUGACUGGAGACCUAGUGUUCAAUACCUGAACUUCAUAAAUGGAGGAGAUGGCUCAUCAGCUUGAGACCUGUAAGUCAGUCCUGAUCACCUGACUUUUUGCAUAAGUUGUCUUCUCAUACACAUACAAUAAAUAAAUCAAAAUUGUUUUUUUAAAUUCAGUUUUGUGAAAUGAUGGAUUCCAGACAUAUGUUUAAGUGAUCCACCAACUAUAGUCCCCUGAGUAGCUGGACUACAGACCUACGGGAACACACCCAACUCUCUAGCCAAUAUUAACUGGAUUAUAGGAGGGUACUGGAACAACGUUUAAUGAGAAGAUUUUUUUUAUGUGUAUGUCUGUUUACUUAUAUGUAUGCCUGUUUACCACUUGUGUGGCUGGUGCCUUUUAGAGGUCAGAAGAGGACAUCAGAUGCUGGGAUCUCAAGUUCCAGUGGGUUAUCUGCUGCUAUAUGGGUGCUGAAAAUUGAACCAGGGUCUCAUGGAAGAGUAUCCAGAGCUCUUAACUGCUGAGCCAUUUCUCCAGCCCCAGUUUUUAAAAGGCAUUUGUUAUUAUGUGUUUGUCUUUGUGUGGGUAUAUGCAUGAGUGCUGUGCAUGUGGAGCCCUGUGGCAUUGGAUAUCAUGGAGCUGGAGUUACAGGUGGUUGUGAGCCACCUGAUGUGGGUGCUGGGAACUGAACUCUGAUCUUCUUCCUGCAUGAACCAUAUGUGCUUCCUUCCUUUUUUUUUUUUGUUUGUUUUGUGUGUAUGAGUGGUUUGCCUGCAUGCAUGUCUGUACCACAUGCAUGCUUGGUGCCUGAGGGAAGUGGUGAGUCUCCAUGUAAGUGCUGGGAAUUGAACCUGGGACUUUUGCAAGAAAAGCAAGUACUCUUAACCACCAAGCCAACUCUCCAGCCCUGCCAUAUGUGCACUUAACUGCUCUGCCAUCUCUCCAACCAGAAGAUUUGUUUUAUUUAUUUAUUUUCGUUUUAUGUGUUUUGAGUGUUUUGCCUGAAUGUAUGUCUGGAUAUGUACCAUGUGAGUGCAGUAGUAGUUGUGGCCAGAAGAGGGAGUAGGAGCAUCCUGGAACUGGAGUUACAGGAAGUUGUGAGCCACCAUGCUCUUCCUCUGAAAGAGCCAGCAGCUCCUCUGAGCAGCUGAGCCAUCUCUCCAUCCCUGAGUUUGUUGUUGUUUUGUUUUGUUUUUCUUUUUGUUUUUGGAUGAGUGUGUGUGUGUGUGUGUGUGUGUGUGUGUGUGUGUGUGUGCAUGUGUAAUGUGUAUUUGUGCCUUAUAAUAUACUUGAAUCUUUAGAAUGAUUCCCUGCUUAGACUGUUGGCAUUGGUUUCUGCUACUUGUGAGCCAAGAGGCUUAGCCAACAGAAGCACUCCAGGGACAACUGUAAAAUUCACCUCUGGGGAAGACUGCUCUUUUGAAAGAGAAAUCUAAUGUGUCUUCUGGGUGUAUGAAGUAGAGAAAACUUCACUCUGAAGAACUGCAGAACAACUAUUAACAACUGUAAUAAACAAGAUGUAAAAAGGAGGCUGUGCCCUCACAGGUACCUUACUAAUGUGCUAUGGGAUGUCUUUCUGUAUGCUAUGAAUUUGUGUUGCUCUCACUGGUUAUAUAAUAAAGCUUUUUGGUCAAUGGUGAGGCAUAAUAAGGUUAGACAGUACAUUCAAACUAAAAACAGAGAUGAAGAAGGGUUGAGUCAGGGUAGAUGCUGUGAGCCAUCCAAGAAGCAAGAUGUGAAAGAACCAAUAAGCCACGAGCCACAUGGCGAUAUAUAGAUUAAUAGAAAUGGGUUAAUUUAAAUGUAAGAGCUAGCUAAUAAUAAGCCUGAGCUACCAGCCAAACUAAACCCAAGUUUAGUAGCCUAGGGUUUUUUUUUGGGGGGGGGUUAGCUUGGUUUGAUUAUGUGAGACAGGCUAUCCUGGAACUCAGUAUGUAGCCUGGGUUGGCAUUGGACUCUGAUUAGUCUUCCUGCCUUAGCUUUCCAAGUGCUGGGCUCAUAGUCUGAGCUACUAUGCCUGACAUGGGAGCAUAGCCCACUUGUUGAUUUAUUUGAAGACAGAGUCUUACUUCAGAGCUACAUAGCAAUUUCUAAAAAAACAAAAAACAAAAACAAUCAAGAGACAAGGGCUCAGUAUGCAAGUCCUUGGCUGGUCUGGAACUUACUGUAGCUAGAAGUCUUCCUGGUCUUGCCCAGUACCAAGGUCCCACAACCAUUUAUAAAAUUCCUGUGUCCCACCUGGUCCUGCAGCCACUCAGACCCAAGUAAACACACAGAGGUUUAUAUCAAUUACAAAUUGCAUGGCCAAGGUCUAUGGCUCAAGCUUCUUGCUAGCUAACUCUUAUAUCUUAAAUUAACCUAUUUCUAUUAAUCUAUAAGUUGCCACAUGGCUGCGGCUUACCGGUCUGCUGGCAUGUUGUUCCUUUGGUGGCGUCUGGUGUCUGCUUUUUUCUUUCCUUUUUCUUCCUGUCUAUCUGUUUGGAUUUUCCACCUGCCUCUAAGCUGCCUUGCUAUAGGCCAAAUGACUUUAAUUAUCAACCAAUCAGAGCAACGUAUUUUCACAGCAUACAAAAGACAUUCCCCCAUCAACUUACUACCAGGCUGGCUAUGAACUCACAGUGAUCUGCCUGCCUCUGCCUCCCAGGUGCUGGUAGUAAAGGUAUGCAUGUCCUACCACAGCCUGUUUGUUAACAUAGUCUUAACUGUGCCUUGGGAAAAUAACCAAUUAUACUGUGCUUAAGGAGAGUUAUAUUGCUCAGUGUGUAGAUUUGCACAGACACUUGGGAAAACUUUUAAAAAAUAUUUAUUUGAUGUGUGUGUGUGUGUGUGUGUGUGUGUGUGUGUGUGUGUGUGUGUGUAUGAGUGUAUGUACAUCUUGCGAACCAUGUACAUUCCCCAAACUGGAGUUAUAGACUUCUGUGAGCUGAUGGGGGGUGCUGGGAAUUGAACCUACAUCCUCUGCAAGAGCAGCCAGUACUCUAAACUCCUGAGACAUCUAUCCCUGGAAAAUUUUUUCAUGUAUUCAAAUAAUGGGAUGCAAUAUGACAGAGAAACUACAAUUUUAUAUUAUAUGAUAUGAAUUGUAGAAAUAAAUGUUGAAAGUAAGUAGCCAUUGUUGGUUAAGUGGUGGUGCUCGUGGCUGGUCGUUGUGGCUGGCGGCCAUGCCAACGAAUGUUGCGGUUGUGGAAGAAUCACGAGCCAUGGUUAUCUUUUAGAGCUUUAUUGGGAGAGGGAGAGAGAGACAGAGACAAAGACAGAGACAGAGAGACAGAGACUGCGCGGAGGGAAGAGAAUGUGGAAAGAGAGGGAACAGAGAGAGCACACCGGCUUUUUAGGCUGGGACGUGUCAUUAUAAAUGACAUAAUCCUUACAUCCCAGACUUUCGCUUAUUAUAAAAAAGCAGGUAGAUGGGAAUAGGGGCGUCAUUCCUCUCAAAAGCUGCUUCCAGCUGACUGUUGGACAUCGGUUGGCUCUUGGGGGAGUCUUCUAAGGUAGACAGGUGUUGUGGGAUGCUGUCUGCCAUCAGUUUGCUCUGGAGACAUGUAUCCCUCUUGGCUGUGGCUGGGAACCUUCUGUCUGACAAGAUGCUGGUGACAUAGAAAAUAACUUAGAGAGAAAAGAAUCAUUAUUAUUUUAUGUUGGUUGAUCCAGCCUGUCCCUGAUGGGUUUUGAAACAUGUUCAGCUUUAUCAGAGACAGAUUAUUUUAAAGCACCUGUUUCCUUUACUAGUUCAGCAUCCAGGAGUCAGGUGAUCAAUUGUUAAAAGCAUCUCAUAGUAAUAGAUGUUUACAUUAAAGUCUUUUUUGUAGCGCCCAGAUGCUUUUGGGUCUGGGGGUGUAAAUACCUUUUAGCUGUUACAGUUCUUACUUGAUGAUCUCUGGACUCCGGCUCUGUGGUGGUCCUGUACCAUUAGCUGAACAGUGAGUUAGAAUAGGGAACUGGGAAGAGAAACGCUUGUGGUGCAUGAGAAUUUAUUUAUUUAUUUAUUUAUUUUGGAAUUAGGGACAAGGCAAAGAUCAGGGCCCUGUCUGUAUGCACAUGAGAAACACAGGGAGUGAUCUGGAGUGAGGCAAUGAGCUCUUAUCUUAGCUGGAAAUCUUUUUCCAUUAAGUAACUCUGAAAGUACAAUUAAAUCAGGUGAGGUGGUAAGGCUGUCCUCUGUACCUGAUGAUAGAGAAAGGAGAGGUGACAUCCCAAAACUCCCAGGACUGAGUCAGUGACUCUGGUGUCCAGAAGGAAAGAAAUGGAUCACUUCCCUGCUGCGCUCUGGGUUCCCUGCCAUGUCUGUAGCCAAGCCUAAGUCUGCUGGAGGUCUUAGCUUGAUGUACCCAUCUUGGCGCCUGGGGGCAGACAGCUGACUAGUUGUCUUUAUAGGAAGAACUUUUAAGAAGGCUGUUGAUGGCCUGGCAGGGCAUUCGCCCGUGGCCUUUUUCCUCACUUAAAACAGGGACCCACCAGCUUUUGGGAGUCAGCGAGUGCCAGCACUUGGCAAUUUUGUUUUCAGGCUUUUAUCUCUUCCCUGGCACACCUUAAAUGCCACAGAUGACUCUUUUGCCUGUGGGGUCAGGAGCCUUGCUCUCCAGAUGAUUAAGUUUUAGUUGGGGAGGUCUGGGGAACAAGAAACUGAUUUUAUUCUGUGUCCUGAAUUUUUUUUCCUGAUGAUUGAUGGCUUAAGGAUAGCUUUUGGAAGAUCUGCCAGGAGGCCGACUAUAAACCAAUCCUUUUGGAAGACUUGUCUGAGGCUAUAAGAUGAUUUUUGGCUUAAGAGCCAUCCUGACUACUGUAAACUUAUUUAUAAGUAUGGAUCUUAGCCGCUUCCAGAUCCGUCUGUGUCUCCCAAGGCAGUUUGAGAAUGAGUGGGUGGAGUUAAGGUGGGUUAGGGCUAAAGUCAGUAGAAGCCGCCCAAGCACACCCAUUUGAGCCUGCCCACUGCUGGUGGAAGUCAGACAGAGAAGGUUGCAUGUGGCAGACACAGAAGUAGGGAGGGAGAAGGGUUGAGAGCUUUAGCAGAAAGCUUGGGGAUAAAGUAACUCUUUUAUUUGCCUGUUUGCUGGCAGAAGUUCCUUCAACACUGUUAUGUGGCCAGAUUUAUUGGUACCUGCUCCUAUACACCAAUGUAAGUGGUAAAUGUAUCCGCCCCUUUGUCCCUUGGCUGUAGCUGAGAGAAAAAUAAAAAAUUAAAAUAACAAACCAGGAUCAGACUCCAAUCUCGGGUGUCCCCAAGGAGUGGAGAGAGAUCUAUGAAUCAGCUCAAGUUCCUGUCCUCUUCGUCAAGGGAUGGGAAGGGUUGCAGCCGUGCUGCAGUUGGUCCACGGUGGACCUGAGACAGCAUUGACCUCCUCGUCAGGAGGGGAAAUGUGCCUGCUGUUGCCAGCACAGCACAAGGUCAACCACCAGGGUGUCCGUCAUGAAGAGUAUAGCUCAGACUACAGCCGGGAGAACGGCGGACUCACUCACUGUGGUAAAGAAUCAUGGCGGUAGCAGUAGUGGUAGCUGUUUGGGGUCCAGCGGAGGCGAGGGACGCGUGCAUGCUCGAGGUCUCGUGGUCUUGAGGUCUCGCUGGAUGGGGGAGGGGGUGGCAAGUGGCAGCGGUCACAGCAGGUCCUUGGUGGUCUAACCGAGUCUGAAUGGCAUCAGAUGUUGGUUACAUGGCGGCGCUUGUGGCUGGCCGCCGCCCGUGGUGGCCAUGCCACCGGAUGUUGCGGUGGCAGAAGAAUCAUGAGCCGUAGUUACCUUUCUAGAGCUUUAUUGUGAGAGAAAGGGGGAGGGAGAGAGAGAGAGAGAGAGAGAGAGAGAGAGAGAGAGAGAGAGAGAGAGAGAUAGAGAGACCUCACAGAGGGAAGAGAAUGUGGAAAGAGAGGAGACAGAGAGAGCACGCCUGCUUUUUAGGCUGGGAUGCUGUCGCAGGCUGGUGAUGUAAUUAAGGACAUAAUCCUUACAGCCAUAUAAUGAAGCAUGCAAAUAAGAUUUACAAAAUUCAAAGGCAUGUACAAACAAUUACAGUGUUGGCUGGGGUGUAUCUUAGUGGCAGAGCAUAUGGUUGCGCAAGGUUCUUGCCUCAAAUCUCAGGACCAAAAAAAAUAAAAUCUCUAACUCCAGUGGAUCAUGGUAGUGUGCACCUGUAAUUCCAGCACUUGGGGUGGAGACAGAGGGACCAGGAGUUCAGAGCCAGCCUUGUCUGCAGAAGGAGUCUGAGCCAGAAGACUCCACCUGCCAUUGUCUCAAACAAACAAACAAACAACACUCAGGCUUAAUCAGGAGGAGUCUGAACUGGGCUUAUAUAGUGACACUGUCUCAAACCCUUUCCCCAAAGCACAGUGUUUAGGAAAAAAGUGCUAUUUACAUAAAGAAAAUGGAAGAGCUAAGGAUGUAGCUUAGUGGUAAAGAGCUUGCCUUGCGUGGGGAAGACCCUGAGUUCAGUUCCCAAUACUCAAAACAAAACAAACCUCACAAGCUUAAAAUGACCUUUAAAAACCAAGAAAAUGAGUACCUUUGCAGGAAAGCAAGAACACAGAUGUGAGCAUUGCAGCUCAGAUGGAAAGCAUUCGGGAGCCAGGGAAUACCACAAGUCACCACAAACUUCACACAAGAGAUUUAUCGGGAGGGAAAAAACCAGGAGGGUGGCUGUCUCUGCUUAGGCGAGAAACAGCAGCAAACUGAACAGGAUACAAGAAUUACACAGAGUUUUGUGGGAAGGGGGUGGAACUUUUCAGAAUGGAGCUUUCCAGGGUGAGGAAUUGUGGGAUUUCACGUCCAGAGAUUGAGUUUUUUUACUCUGCAGGGAGGGAGGUUCUUAAGGGAAAGGUAUCCUGGCUGUCAGAAGCCAGGCUAUACCUAUAGCUGUGAAGGGAAAGGUAUCCUAGUACACCCAUGAGGUGAUAUUUUAUUUGUAUGUUAAUAAAUAAAGCAUGCCUGGAGAUCAAGGGGGAAAAGGCCAGCCAUUUUUAAGUAAACAUAGAAGUCAGGUAGUGGUAGCACACACCCUUAAUCCGAUCAUGUGGCAGGCAGGGUCUCUGUGUGUUCAAGGACACACUAGGAAACAGCCAAGUGUGGUGACACAUGCCUUUAAUCCCAGUACCAACCAUACAUACCUGGAGGUCUAUACAGACAGGCUGUUACAAGGAAGUGAGGUAGCUGGGCUAAGAGCCAAUGAGAGGGCAGAACAGCAAGGCAAUAAAGGUGUGGUAGACAGGAAGUCGUGUACUUUUGGUAGUAGUGGACUUUUGGCUAUCACUAUUUCCCUGAUGUCUAAGGUUUUUGUCCCUGUAUUUGGCUUUGUGUUUUUUAUUUAAUAAGACCAGUUAGAAAUUCAUCUACAAUUGGUGCCCACGUGGCAAGAAUUCAUUAAAAAACCAUUGGUGGCCUUACAGGCCAGGAGUUACAGGCCCCCGGCUCAGUCAGAGCUACAAGCACUCUGGCUACACACAGCUGGAGCUACUUGUGGCCAGAUCUCCAACUCAUGGCCAGAGCUGCAAGGGGCUGGACUGCUUGUGGGUUUACAGACCCCUGGCUUAGGCCCGGUACAGCUCAGGCCAGAGCAUGUGGCUGGACUUUCUUUAGCUUUUAGCUUUUAGUAGGCUUGCUCUCUCUCUCUCUCUCUCUCUCUCUCUCUCUCUCUCUCUCUCUCUCUCUCUCUCUCUCUCUCUCCCUCCUCAUUUCUGACUGCCAUCACGCUAGGUAACUGCUUUGAAAUUCCCUCAGACUUAUACUGUUCUAUGCAGACUUGGUACCUCAAUUAAGAUAUCAGAUAUCUUAAAGGGAGAAACUAGUUAAAAGAGAAAAUUUUAUCCCACAUUAAAAAAUGGGAAAUAUUUUUACAAUGGAAGUAAAUUGGUCUUUGUUUGAUAACACAUUAGGCAGUCUGAAAAUGGAACAAUUAAAUGAGAGGAUAAUUAAUGUUGAUAGGAUGUAUGUAACAUAAAUUAUGAAUAUUAUUUGUUUAAUUAUCCUUACUUUAGUAUUAGAAAGGUUGGUCAAUUUAAGUGCCAAGAUAAAAGCUUUAUAAAAACCUGUUAAAAUGAAUUAUAGAGAAAUUCAGACCCAGACAGAAGAAUUUAAAAGUGAAAUUAUUUCAGGAUUGAAUUAUAUGGUUACAGAGAGACAGCCUGAUUUUAAACAAUCAAACCUAAUUUAUCUGAUAUCCUUACAGAAACUACCUGCUCAAGGGUGUAUACAAGCUAAUUGGACUACAGUGGAAAUGUUAGAUUUAAGAAGAUUUAAGGAAGCUAUAGAAUGAGAUGACAUGCAUUCUCCAUUUGUAAAGCAAAUGUUAAACUCAUGGUCAACUUGUAAUAGGAUUAUUCCUCAGUACUGGACAGAAUUAGUAACAGCUGUCCUGGAGUCCAGAGCACAGUUACAGUGUCAAACCUGUUUUAAGGAGGAGGCUAAGGUAAUAGAACACCAAUGUAUAACUAGAGGUGUGGAAAUUUCUCAGGAUCAGCUUCUUGGAGAAGGUGAAUAUGCUGAUAUACAAAGACAAUGUUUAUAUGAUAACCAAACUUUAAUUCUAUGCCUCAUGGCAGCCAUGAAUGCAUGGGACAGAAUUGAGGAAGCAGGAAAAAAAUUGAAUCAUUCACAAAAGUUAUACAGGGCUCCAAAGAAUACUUCACAUAUUUCUUACAUAGGCUGUCUUCAGCAGUAAAUAGAAUGAUACCAAAUUCAGAAGCUAGAUAGAUAAUAAUUGAAUCUUUGGCUUUUGAGAACUCGAAUGCAGCAUGCAAAAGAAUAACCAGGCCAUUAGAGGCAAGAUUAGCACCAUUGGAGGACUGGAUUAGGGACACAAUUAAUAUUGAGUUUCAUGACCAUGAUGAUAUGUGGAUAGGAGAAGUAAUUUCAAAAGCUUUGAGGAAAAAUGUCAGAUGUUUUGGGUGUGGCAAACAAGUUCAUUUGAAAAGGGCAUGUAAACAGGGCAUUCCUAGAAAGAAUGUUUAUUCAAGGAACAACAGCAACAGAAUGCCCCUCCCUUGUGUAUUAUGCAGAAGGUGUGGUAAGGGUAAAUAUUGGACCAACAAUGUAGAUCAACAAGGGACAGACAAGGUAAUCCUUUGCCUCUGUCCUCGGGAAACUCCCAGAGGGGUUUCAUGCAGGCCCCCACAGCAAAUUCAGUUCAGACUUUUCCUGCCAUCAUAGAAGAAACCCCUUCUCAGAGCAAUUAAAUAACCAAAUGCCUAUUGGAAUAAACCAGACUGCUCAGGGUGAUAGAACAGCUGUAGGAGAGAAAACAGGAAGUUCAGGAGAAAUCAUAAAGUGAAUUUUUUUGGCAAACUUCUAUAAAUGAACAAAGACCAAAAUUAAAAAUAUGAAUAAAUGACGUUCUCUUGGAAGGUUUAGUAGACAUAGGUGGAGAUGUGACAAUAAUUGCACCAGAAUUUUGGCAUCCAAAUUAGCCUCUUCAUGAGGUAAAUGUUCAGCUGUUAGGGAUUGGAACAUUAUAACAAGUGAAACAGAGCGCAAGAUGGUUCAAAUGUAUAGGUCCAGAGGGACAGAGAGGAAAAUUAAAGCCAUAUGUGGCUAAUAUAGCUAUGAUCUUAUGAUCUAUUACAACAAUGGAAUACUCAGAUUAACAUUCCUCCGACCUCAGAAACAAAUCAUAAACUAACACAUGUUUCUGAGAGAAAUAUUAGAAGGUAUUAUUCUAAAGAGUGAUCACCAGCCAUCCAUAUUAUACAAGAACAGGGCACAACAACUGCUGAUCUUCCAAAGGCACCAACAGCUCUACCUUUAAAAUGGUUAACAGUCAAGCCUGUAUGAGUUCAGCAAUGGCCUUUAGCAACAGAGAAACUUCAGGCUUUAGAAAAGCUGGUACAAGAGCAGUUAAAUGCUCAGCAUAUUGAAGAAUCAACCAGCCCUUGGAAUUCUCCUGUAUUUGUUAUUAAAAAGAAAUCUGGUAAAUGGAGAAUGGUAACAGACCUAAGAGCAAUUAACAAAGUAAUUCAGCCAAUGGGCUCUCUACAAUCUGGAAUUCCUUUGCCUACUCUGUUACCUAAAAAAUGGCCUCUUAUAGUUAUUGAUUUAAAAGACUUUCUUUUCAAUACCCUUACAAGAAAAAUACAGAGAAAGAUUUGCCUUCACGGUGCCUACUUAUAAUUCUCAACCGGAUAAGAGAUAUCAAUGGAGGGCUCUCCCACAGGCAAUGUUGAAUACCUUAACCCUGUACCAAUAUUUUGUACAACAGCCAUUGGAAGUAAUAUGUAAACAAUUUCCUAAAUCUAUAAUUCAUCAUUAUAUGGAUGAUAUUUUACUAGCUGACUCAAAUGCAGAUACUUUAGAAAGAAUAUUUGAAGAAGUAAAAAAAAUUGCCUUGUUGAGGAUUACAAAUUGCUCCUGAAAAGAUACAAAGAGGAGAUUCUAUUAAUUAUUUAGGAUAUAAAAUAGGUCUACAAAAAAUUAGACCCCAAAAGGUGCAAAUUAGGAGAGAUGGA